UUAGUGACGUGAAACCAGGUUAGCACUACGCUGGGACACGUUUGUUUUAUUAAGUUGCGAAUGCCAUUAAUAUAGCAAACCCUGCGCUCUACUUUUCACCGCUGGAUUAUACUGUGCGUAUUAGUUCUUAUUCCUGAAAGUGGCAUUUGUGAAAUCGCAUUUUUUCUAUGUUUCUGUGAACACAAUACGGAUAUAUUCACACUCUUACACUCUGCCAUACUACAUUGCCUGGUAUUCUACGCAGUGUUGAGAGGUUGCGCUUUACACUGAAUCGCGAGGGGCUCUGGGUAACUGUUACCGAAUUCUCUGAGAAGACAAUGCCUUGCAUUCCAUCUGUAUACCUGUGGACGCCUGCAUACGGAGAAGAGUCUCGUUUUGAGCACUUUUGCAGUUUCGUUCGUGUCUCCGUUGAAUGCACAGUUUGAUUUUGUCGAUAGACAGCUUCAGCACCACAUCUCUGAACAGCUCUCGUUUCCCUUCGGCGCAUUUUUCCCCGGUCUGGAUGGGCGCUAUUUGUCCCUGUCUUUCAUAUAGCUCUUAACUGCUGGCGACUGUUUGCAAUGGCAUCACACGGAUUUUGGGGUCUUGGCGCGCCGGAGAAUGCUGGUGAUAAUACCAGCAACCAAAGCCCAACUACGCCCAGGGCAUGGUGCCAGGCGGCGGCCCAAAAAUUACCUGGAGGCAUUGGAUCGAAACUGUGUGCUCUACUCAGUGUUGCUGGAGAGGGCGAGAAACCAUCCGAGCCGACAUCUGCCAAACUGGAUGAGACAACGGUUGGGACCUGCGGAUGCAAUAAACCGUGCAAUUGUCUAAAGGCGACUGAGGCGACUGUCGGGUUCUCAGAUCUAUAUUCAACAGAUCUACUACCCGCGUUGGAUGGUGACAUGAAGACAAUGACUUUUCUCCAAGAAGUUGUGGAUAUUUUGCUGGCAUAUAUCACGGAAUCGUUUGAUAGGGAAACGAAAGUAAUUGAUUUCCACUAUCCCAAUGAAUUGCUUCAGAGAAACAACUGGGAACUGCAGGAUGAUCCAGAAACACUGGAUGAUAUUUUGAUAAGCUGUCGUGCAACGCUGAAAUACGCUAUCAAAACAGCCCACCCCAGAUACUUCAAUCAGCUCUCUACAGGAUUAGACAUGGUUGGUCUUGCAGCUGAUUGGCUAACGUCGACCGCAAACACCAACAUGUUCACCUAUGAGGUGGCUCCAGUGUUCGUGCUGCUGGAAUACGUCACUCUGAAGAAAAUGAGGGAGAUCAUUGGCUGGGAGGAUGGCCGAGGAGAUGGAAUAUUCUCUCCCGGUGGUGCCAUUUCCAAUAUGUAUGCCAUGCUGCUGGCUCGCUUCAAGAUGUUUCCUGAAGUGAAGGAGAAAGGAAUGUCAUCCGUCCCCAGACUGGCAGCCUUCACAUCCGAGCAUAGCCAUUUCUCAAUCAAGAAAGGAGCAGCAGCCCUUGGCAUUGGGACAGAGAGUGUCAUCUGCAUCAAAGCUGAUGAGAGUGGUAAAAUGAUACCAGCUGACCUUGAAAGGAAAAUACUGGAAGCCAAGCAGAAGGGCUUUGUGCCAUUCUUUGUGAGUGCGACGGCUGGCACCACGGUCUACGGAGCCUUUGACCCCCUCAUUGCCAUCUCAGAUAUCUGUAAGAAGUACCAAGUCUGGUUUCACGUGGAUGGUGCGUGGGGAGGCAGUCUCAUCAUGUCCAGGACACACAGGUGGAAGCUAGAUGGAGUUGAGAGGGCCAAUUCAGUGACAUGGAACCCUCACAAGAUGAUGGCAGUCCCACUGCAGUGCUCAGCCCUGCUGGUCCGGGAGGAGGGGCUGAUGCAAAACUGCAACCAGAUGCACGCCUGCUACCUAUUCCAGCAGGACAAGCACUACGACCUGUCUUACGACACAGGGGACAAGGCCCUGCAGUGUGGGCGUCAUGUGGACAUCUUCAAGCUCUGGCUCAUGUGGAGAGCUAAGGGCACCAUCGGGUUCGAGGCUCAGAUUGACAAGUGUCUGGAGCUUUCGGAGUACCUGUACAACAAGAUCAAGGACAGGGAAGGAUAUGAGAUGGUCUUCAAUGGAAAGCCUCAACACACCAACGUGUGUUUCUGGUACCUCCCUCCUGGUGUACGCUACCUGGAGGACAAAGAGGAGAAAAAGAAGCGCCUGCACAAGGUGGCUCCAGUGAUCAAGGCCAGGAUGAUGGAGUAUGGGACAACCAUGGUCAGCUACCAACCACAGGGGGACAAGGUCAACUUCUUCCGCAUGGUCAUCUCCAACCCUGCGGCCACCUUCGAGGACAUCGACUUUCUUAUCGAGGAAAUCGAGCGGCUCGGUCAGGAUCUAUAAGACUUGUGUCAUCCAAAUAUCCCUUUCCUUUUCCCUAAACGGAUGAAAUGUUUGUUGUGAAUGUAUUGGUAAUCUAUUUUUCUUUCCUCUAAAGUCACAUAUUAUAAAAUGGUAUGUUUGAGAAAAAAUUAUCUAUAGAUAUAUCCAUAUUUAUGUAUCGUAGUUUUGUCGUGGAACUCCUUGGUCUGGAGCUCUGUAAAAGUUUUUCCUAGUGUAGAGUAAUGUAAUAGAUGUAACUUUAUAUGUAUUUUUGUGAUAUGAAAUGCUAGUGCAAUAGGUUGAUGAGGAAGAGUUUAUUUUCUAAUUGUUUUCUCAUUUGCCAGGUAUAUUGGAAGUGCCAGACAUGGUUAAAUUCCAUUGUAAGCUACAUUCUAGCCUCACUCAUGUUUAAAAGAGUACUUCCACUUACCUCAACUCAGUCAACUGCCUUUACAUUCGCAUACUUCAAGCAGUGGUUUUGGUAAAAUGAUGGUUGACUCACUUCUACUUGUAUUAGGAAACAAUGACAAAGUAUCCAAAUCCAACACAUCCCCUAACUGUAGUAUCUGAAUUUAAACACAUUUCCAAAAAUGUGAAGGAUGAAAAGAGUAGUGCCUCACAGCAGUGAAGGAGAAAUAGAUUAACUUUGUCCUUCACAACACAAAGGCAAUGUCACUUGAUUACUCAAAACCAAUGUCAAUUGAGUACUCCAAGCAGCUCUAAGAGUAGUGCCACAGUAAUACUCGUCAAAGCAGCCAUGUUCAUGUACAUCAGCAAAAGCAAAAGCACUUUUCAUUUGAUGACCUCAUUUAUUUAAUGUCACUUUUAAUUCUCUCCCCUGUGUGUAGUGGGUGCAAGAUGACAUAGGUGUGUGUGACCAAUUCUUUUGAAAGCCAAAACAUAUCAUGACGGGGAGUAAUUCCAGGCUAGUUGUAUAGUCAGCCAUGUUGUUUGUACCUCUCAGUACAUUGAUAUACACUGAGUAUACCAACCAUUAGGAACACCUUCUUAAUAUGGAGUUGCCCUCAGAACAGCCUCAAUUU